CACAGGCAUUGGCGUCACAUCUCUUCCUAUCACGGACCAUGGCUACAAAUGCCCUUCGAGCUGCUUGAGACCCUUGCCAAUAUCAAUUACAAUACUCCCCUGCCACGACCCAUUGAUGCCGCCUCCUUCUUCGAUCUUGUCAAGGUGCGACGGCUCGUCGACGAGGCCACCAAUCUUGCCGUGAGGGCUGCUAGCGACAUCGCCUCACCAACGCUGACCAACGUCAAUGGCGGCUUUCCGAGCAUAUCGUCGGCCAUGGGCUCGCAUGGGAUGGGUGCGCCAGGCCAUGGCGGCCAUGGCGGGAAACUGAGCAGAGAAAGGAAAUUCCGAAUGAGAGAGCAGGCUAGCCAAAAGCUGGGACGGGCGUAUCGCUUGGACGAAAUCGUCUGCAGCGUUGCGAUGAUGCAGGGCGCGUCGCCGCUGGAAGAUGUUGGCAGCCUUGUGUUGCAGCGCAGUCCCAAGGAUUCCGAUGCCAAAUAUGUCCACUUUUUCCAUGAAAAGAUUCCGUCGAGGAAAAUGGCCGAGUCUACGAGUCUGCAGCCUCUGACGGACAUCAUUGAGGACCGGCCUGGAGAACCAGAAGUGCUGCGAACCCGUGCAACCGUCAAGGUAUUCAAGGAGGAUUUCGACGGCGCCAUUUUUGAUCUGACACACGCCCUGUCUAUAUCACAAUUCAUUCGCAGGUCGCAUACUUCUAGCCAGGAGGAUACGCAAGUUGGAGAGACGCAACGCACCGCCAGGAGACGACCUCAUGAUAUCAUAUUGUCAGAGAAGGAUCAACCGAGCAGCCUUGAGGCGCAGCUAUAUUUCCAGAGAGCUUCGAUCUAUCUAACAAUGGCGUCCGACCAUGUUCUAGACAGCAUACCAACCCCGCCAUCUAGUCAGGUCAAUGAGCAACCUGUGGCAGUGGAAGCAGAUGAUGGAGAUGCGGGAGCAGAAGCCAGUGGUAAAAGAUCUCCCGAUCCAGACAAAGAGAGCACGAGAAAGCAGGCCGAGGCACGGAAAUUGGUCAAGACAUUUGCUAAGCGCGCUAUCAAGGACUUUCUCUCAUUCAUCUCAAACUACCAUUAUUCACCUAAUCUACCUGUCAAAGUAGCCAAGGAGUUCAACGACCGCAUCAACCUAGUCGCGCACGGCAUGCGCAGCUCAAGGGCCAUUGACUCGAGCAGCUGGACAGAGUCACACACUGUCUACCCCUUAUCUGACCUCUUUCGCUCUGUUCCUCCUACUGACCUCCCGCCGUAUCCAUCUCAGGCCGUGACCUCCGGCAAAGAGAUCCAACGACAUGCUUACAUGGUUGCUCGCCUUGUCAGGCUUGCCGACGGAUAUCCAAUCUUUCAAGCCAACAGGUCCCCUGCGCGAGCUGAUUGGGCUGAGGUCAUCCAUCGCACUGAAAACUGGCUUUGUCUCAGUUCCUCGUGGGACACGUUGUGCACACCUGCGCCGCUGCCCAUAUACGACGAUGAGCACUGCGGCCAUCAUACAUGUAUCCACAAUCACAAUCACGUCCACAAGGCUGUCUUGUCUGCUGGCAGGGCCGCCUCCGCUGCAGCAGCACUCAUCAAUGACAUCUCCUCUGACGCUGCCGGCGAAGAGGAACGGCGGCGACGAGAGCUCAUCCGCGAACAGGCCAUAUUGGAUGCCCUUGAUGAUGAACGCGUUACUGACGAAGCAUCGUUCCGCGCAGCCAUUGAGGCCCACGAGAAACGUGCUCAGCGAAAUGACACUGUCUCUUCAGGGAAGCCUUCUAACGGCACUGUCUCUUCAGGGAAGCCUUCUAUCGGCACUGUCUCUUCAGGGAAGCCUUCUAUCGGCACUGUCUCUUCAGGGAAGCCUUCUAUCGGCACUGUCUCUUUAGGGAAGCCUUCUAACGGCACCACCACGACGCCUAAACAAAGCCCGGGAACAAGCAUAAGCCCAAACGGUCCAAACGCGCCAUUUGCCAUGAAUGGUACAAACAAGACGAAACAUUUACACAUACACGGAGAGGAUGUCGGUGAUAUCGAUAUCAUGUCGCGCCGCUGGUCCGCUGACGACGGUAAGGACUAUCCCAUCAUGACGGAACGCGCCAGUGCGAUUGCGCGAUGGGUGCAGGAAGCUCCUGUUGUUACUGGCACGGCAAAACGCAAAAAGCGCACCAAGAGGACGGGGACUGGUGCCGAGGGUGCUAUUACCAAAGUCGAUGAGGCUGGGGAGGGUUUGGAGAAGCUUGAGAUUUAG